AUGGCUGAACAGAGGCAAACAUUUCGCUUUCGACUUCCUUGGUUGUCAGCUCCUCGUCCUGCACAGCCCCAGAUUCCUCGUCCGUCUGAACCCCAAGUUCAAGCCCCAUCACAACCAACCACUACCACUACAACUACAACUCCCCCUCAGCGACCACCAUUUAGGCCUGCAGGGAUAGCUCCCUCACAGCCUCCACUGCCUGUACCAAGAACAGAACCUCCGGCACCACCGGAACCUCAGUCAUUACCAUCUCGUGCAGCAAAUGAAUCGAGAGUUGUUUCCCAACCAGCAUCACCAGCUCGUGCAACUCAAACUCGUGCUGCUUCAGUGCCACCAUCACCAUCUCGGGGUUCAGCUGGAACUCCAGUCAGUUCUCAGCUAGCAUCACCAACUCGUGCAACGACUCAAACACAGAUUACCUCUCAAACCAAAUCACCAUCCCGCACAACUACACAGGCAAGGGCUACCUCUGUACCACCAUCUCCAUCUCGCACCACUUCCCAGACACAAUCAACAACACAGGCAAGUCCCCAGCCUCAAUCUUCAUAUCGUUCUGCCUCUCGUACUACUGGCCAAACUUCACAACCCUCUUCCCCAAUGCACAAAGCGCCUCAGGUGCAGCCAAUAGCCAGAGCAGUUUCUCAGCCCCCCUCUCCACCAAAGAAAUCAGAACCUGUACCACAACAGACUUCUCGGCCUCCUCUUAGUCUUAUCCAACCCCCAUCAUCUGUCCCUCGUGAGCAAGAACCAAAGCCAAUUGGAUCUCGGAAGCCAUCUCAAGAACAGCCAAAGAUGCAAAUCAAAUCUGAGAUUGUAUCUGAAUCUCAGUACCAAGCUGCAGCCACAUUAAAACGUGAUAGACUCACAACACAGGCAGCUCAAGCAUCAGAUGGGGUUGCAACUGUUGUGCCAGCUUCUAUGGCAGAAUUGGAGAAGGUUUUCUCAAAAAUUGAAGAGAAGAAAGAUGCGGAAGAAUCGCUGAAAGAAGGAAAGCCGGAAAAUGGAAAGAAAAAUGCAGUACAUCAAGUGAAAGAAGAGAAGACAGUUGAUGAUCAGACGUGGAAAGCACUCCCUGAGCUUACAGUGGCGUCAGGUUCAGGAACAGAGAUUAGAGAGUCUCUGGUUUCCACAUUUCAAACUGAGGAAAAGAAGCAGGAGGAGCAAGAAAUUUCUAAUAAACAGAAGCCACUGUCAACCUCCAACUCUGAUGAAAAGCAGAUCAAGACUGUGAGUUCAACACAUCUGAAAGACAGGAGCACUAGAGGUGACAUUCAUCAAAAAGCACCACUGCACAAAGAUAUCAAGGAUGAUAUUUUGAAGUUUACACAUAGGCUGACCUUAGGGAAUUCAAAGCAGACACUGGAUAGAAAACCAGUGAGUAUGAUAACCCUCGCAGGUGAAAACAGAGGAGCAUCCAUGCUCCUAGGCUCAGAGUCAACAAAAAAGGAUGGUUCGAUUCACAUUCACCGUGGUUAUAAGAUCAACUCAAAUGAAAAUCGUGAAUCCACGACUGAUGGAGAAGGAAGCUGCAAGGAAAAAAUCCCCAAAGGUCCCGUUCCCGGAAAAGAUCAAGCAACAAAGGUAUAUAUCAACAGUAACGUACAGAGCAUCAAUAACUCGAUUUUGUUCGAGAGUUCACUCAAUGAAAGAAAUCCUGGUGUUCAGCUGGAUUUCUCUCACAACCAAGCAGAACACACCAAGCCAACUAUUCAACAGGAGUCUAUGGAGACAAGCAAGGCUCAAUUCAGCAUCACCCCAGUACAGAAUCUUACGUAUCAGCCAGUAAUAAGAAGACGGUGCCUCAGAGGGCUUUUCAUGGAACCAAGCGACUCAGACCCAGAUAAUCCUGAAAAGCCACGGCGUCACGGAUGCCUCUACAACUGUGGGGAGAAGAGCAAAGAUAAGGAGAGAGGGCCACACUGACCAACUCAAUCAUGCAAAAUACAAGUACACGAUGAAAAAUAAAAAAGACAAUAAGGAUGUUGUAUCGUCCACAGAGUGUUUUAAUGUAUAUGGUUUCACAUUUCAUGUUCAAGAAAUUGUAACCUGUACCGAAUUUCACAAUCUCAUAUCAAAUUACAUUUACACAAAACUCCUAAUAUACAAUUAAGAGAAA